UCUCCUUUUUUUCCCAUUUCUCUCUCUCUAAAACUCCUCAUCCAAACACUUCCCAACACCCCAAAUUCCCAUUUCAUUUCCAUUUUCUCUCUCUAGAAAUCUCUCAAUCAUGGCGGCGCAGAAGAGAGAGAAAGAAGAAACCGAGCUGAAGGUACCGGAAUCCAUCCCACUAUGCUCCCCAACUCUACCGGCACCUUCACCGUCGCCUCCUACAACGACGACGACGCACCUCUCAGUUGCGGUUAUCUCAGAUCUGAAGCGUGCUGAUAGAUCGUCGACGGAGAGAGUAGAUCUGAAGGUUUCUAGUAUGGAUGAUCAAUCGAGAUCUACAUCAGCUGCAUCGCCGGAAAGUAUGGAUCUGGUUGGUAGAAAAACAGGGGUGAAGAGGCAAAGAGAAGCAAACAGAUGUUCUGGUAUAGGUUGCCGGAGGAAAGUCGGAUUGAUGCCGUUCCGGUGCCGGUGCGGGGAAGUGUUCUGCUCGGAGCAUAGGUAUUCCGAUCGACAUGACUGUAGUUACGAUUACAAAGCAGCUGGUCGUGAAGCGAUUGCUAAGGAAAAUCCAGUGGUGAAAGCUGCAAAAAUUCUCAAAGUUUAAAAAUGGAAAUUUGAAGUUUUUUUUUUUUUUUUUGGUAUUUUCAAAGUUGUUGAAGCAGUCAAGGGUGGUGGGUGGGGUGUUGUGUUGUAAAUUUGAUGAAUGGAUGAGGGUAUUGUUGUCAUUUUUAAGUUAUUAAAAUUAUUAAAAUAAGUUAGUGGAAAUUUCUCUUUUCUUUUUUUUUGGUUUUUAUAUUUUUGCUUUAACUUUGUGCUGCGUUGUACUUGUGUCAUUUUCUCACAUGAAAAUUAUUUAUUAUUCUUA